UGUCGGCGGCGGCGGCUGCCGAGAUUGGAAUCCGCCUGCCGGGCUCGGAGAAGUAGGAGGGAGGAGGAGGAGGAGGAAAAAGGAGGGAGGAGAGAGGAGGGCGGGCAGGAAGGCUUGGGCUCCGGCGCGUCCGUCCGCGCGAGACGAGGAUCGCCCGGCCGCGCGAGGGGCGACCGGGCCUGGGCCGCGCACGCCGAGGGCCGAGGCCGAGCCGGGCCCCCGCCGCGCCCCGGCGGCUCGCCGCGCCCCGCUCCGCGCCGAGGGCUGGACGAUGAGUUCCCCGGGGUCCGGAUUUAUGAAAAUAUGCAUCAGUUUAAUACUGUCUUGGAAUUCAUGAGAUGGAAGCAUAGGUCAAAGCUGUUUGGAGAAAAUUGGAAACACAGUUUUAUCUAGCUGCAUUUCUGAGGAAUAAAGAGAAAGCAGUGGGAGUUGGAAUCAUUGUCAAGUGGUUGCGGCCUUUUACAAGAAAAAUCUCAUUGAAUAAUAGUCAUUUAAAUUAGUGAAAUAGCAGGACCAGUUAUUGAAGGUGACAGUGUACAGGAAACAUUAUAAUUGAACAAUGACUCAGCUAUAUAUUUAUAUCAGAUUAUUGGGAGCCUAUCUGUUCAUCAUUUCUCAUGUUCAAGGACAGAAUCUAGACAGCAUGCUCCAUGGCACGGGGAUGAAAUCAGACUCUGACCAGAAAAAGUCAGAAAAUGGAGUAACCUUAGCACCAGAGGAUACCUUACCUUUUUUAAAGUGCUAUUGUUCAGGACACUGCCCAGAUGAUGCUAUUAAUAACACAUGCAUAACUAAUGGACAUUGUUUUGCCAUCAUAGAAGAAGAUGACCAGGGAGAAACCACAUUAGCUUCAGGGUGUAUGAAAUAUGAAGGAUCUGAUUUUCAGUGCAAGGAUUCCCCAAAAGCCCAGCUACGCCGGACAAUAGAAUGUUGUCGGACAAAUUUAUGUAACCAGUAUUUGCAACCUACACUGCCCCCUGUUGUUAUAGGUCCAUUUGAUGGCAGCAUUCGGUGGCUGGUUUUGCUCAUUUCUAUGGCUGUCUGCAUAAUUGCUAUGAUCAUCUUCUCUAGCUGCUUUUGUUACAAACAUUAUUGCAAGAGCAUCUCAAGCAGACGUCGUUAUAAUCGUGACUUGGAACAGGAUGAAGCGUUUAUUCCAGUUGGAGAAUCAUUAAAAGACCUUAUUGACCAGUCACAAAGUUCUGGUAGUGGAUCUGGACUACCUUUAUUGGUUCAGCGAACUAUUGCCAAACAGAUUCAGAUGGUUCGGCAAGUUGGUAAAGGCCGAUAUGGAGAAGUGUGGAUGGGUAAAUGGCGUGGUGAAAAAGUGGCAGUCAAAGUAUUCUUUACCACUGAAGAAGCUAGCUGGUUUCGAGAAACAGAAAUCUACCAAACUGUGCUAAUGCGCCAUGAAAACAUCCUUGGUUUUAUAGCAGCAGACAUUAAAGGUACAGGUUCCUGGACUCAGCUCUAUUUGAUUACUGAUUACCAUGAAAAUGGAUCUCUCUAUGACUUCCUAAAAUGUGCUACACUGGACACCAGAGCCCUGCUCAAGUUGGCGUAUUCAACUGCCUGUGGUCUGUGCCACCUUCACACAGAAAUUUACGGCACGCAGGGGAAGCCUGCAAUUGCUCAUCGAGACCUAAAGAGCAAAAACAUUCUCAUCAAGAAAAAUGGAAGUUGCUGUAUUGCUGACCUGGGCCUUGCUGUUAAAUUCAACAGUGAUACAAAUGAAGUUGAUGUACCUUUGAAUACCAGGGUGGGCACCAAACGCUACAUGGCUCCAGAAGUGCUAGAUGAAAGCCUAAAUAAAAACCAUUUCCAGCCCUACAUAAUGGCUGACAUCUAUAGCUUUGGCCUGAUCAUAUGGGAAAUGGCUCGUCGUUGUAUCACAGGAGGAAUAGUAGAAGAGUACCAGUUGCCAUAUUACAACAUGGUACCCAGCGAUCCAUCAUACGAAGAUAUGCGUGAAGUUGUGUGUGUCAAACGUUUGCGGCCAAUUGUAUCUAAUCGGUGGAACAGUGAUGAAUGUCUGCGAGCAGUUUUAAAGCUAAUGUCAGAAUGCUGGGCCCACAAUCCAGCCUCCAGACUGACAGCAUUGAGAAUCAAGAAGACACUUGCCAAGAUGGUUGAAUCCCAAGAUGUAAAGAUUUGAUACUUAAACAGUUAUGAGGAGAAACUCCAGACUGCAAGAACUGUUUUUACCCAAGGAACGGAUGGAAUUAGAGUCGACGAAGGAUAUUAACUCGGUUCUCAGACUCUUUCUUCAGUACACAUUCACAGGCUGCUAAUAUUAAACCUUUCAGUACUCUUAUUAGACUACAAGCUGGGAACUUCUUCUAAACACUUCAUUCUUUAUAUAUGGACAGCUUUAUUUUAAAUGUGGUUUUUGAUGCCUUUUUUUUUAUUAGGUUUUUAUGAACUGCAUCAAGACCUCUAUCCUGAUUAAUAAGUCUCCAGUCAAACUCCGGGUACUGAAUUGCCUGUUCAUAAAAUGGUGCUUUCUGUGAAAGCCAUAAGAAGAUAAAUAAGUUCAGCAGAAAUGGAAAAAUAUACACUUUUGCCUUCUGAGAAAAUUUAAUCUGUUUGUAUUCUACCUUUGUAAAACAGCCUGUAGAUUAUGAUCUGCUUGGGAUACUGCUUAGUUUAUGGUAGUUUGUCAUGCCUUCCGUGAUCGUGUUGAGUGUAUCUGUGCACACCAGGAUUCCUCUGCUGCCAUUUGAAUUAGAAGAAAAUAAUUUAUGAACACACAGGAAGAUAUUGGUGGCCAGUGGUUUUGUGCUUUAAAAAUGCAAUAUAUGACCAAGAUUUGCCAAUCUCGUAAAAAGCCAUUUACCUUGCAAGUGAGAUAGUUGCCCAACCAACUUUUAUUUUUUAACAUAAAAGUUGAUAUAAAAGCCAAAAGAAGUUUAAAGUGUCUAUAAAUUGGACUGUUUUCCUUCCACGGCCAUCAUUUUUUGGGUAGUUAUUUUUGUCGUGGAAAGCAUCCCAUCCAAAGUUGGAGCUCCCAAUACAAUGAACCAUGUUCAUAAAGAAAGCACUUCUUAUUGAAGUAAAUUACUGCAUUUGAUAGCAAUGUAAGUGCCUAUAAUGGUGUUCUGUAUUCUUUAUUCUCAGCAACUUUUUAAAGGGAAGUUAUUUAUAUUUUGUGUGUAAUGUGCUUUAUUUGCAAAAUACUCCUUUACAACCAUCUUUUAUAUAUCUGCAUAACAUUCAUACUGUAGAAACCAGCUGACAUGUACCUCACAUCCUAUCCUUAAGGGAAAAAAGUUAUAAAGUAGAACUUACUAUGAAUUUUCAGAAUUAAUGUAUUCAAAGUAAUAUAUCAAAUCUAAGCCUUUGUUAAAUUCAGGUAAAAACUUAAGAUAAUAUCAUCUCAGUUUUCCUUUGUGAAAGGAUUUCUAAUUAGAAAUUUACAUAAGCUGAUAUAAAUUUAUCAAUAACUGUUAAAUAUGUUUUAGGCAUCUAAAUCAUUUGAUAAUUUUGUUUUUAUGAUUUCUGUUCCCUAACUUGUGAAGACAAUGAAGAGUCAGGCAGAAAAGUCCGGUCUCUAGUCAGUAUGUAUAUGUACACUGUAUCGCUGUUAUUCAACAAAACGAUACAUAUUUUAUAGAUGUCUUGUUAUCUCAAGGAAUAAUUCUUAUUUACUUAAAUUUAUUAUACUUCUGUGAUGCUUUUUAAAUAUUAAUCUCCUGUUCUAAGUAUACAACUCAUGAGACAUUGAGUGAGACAAUUUUCUUUGAUCACUGCAUAAAAUGAAUGUGAUUCUAUCACAACAAAGCCUAAAAGGUUUAAAUUCAAUAGGGCAAACUCAGAGCAUGUGUCCAUUCAUUACCAAAAUUUUGAGUGUAAUUUAAGGUUAAAACUUAAAUAUUUGUCUGCACAUUAAAUUUCACAAAUUUGAAACUUGCCAUAACCAUUUUAAGUUUGAUAAGUUUCCUCUAACAUAUUUAAAGUUCAAAGUGUUGAAGAUAAGUAAAUUUGUGUAUUGAUAAUACUCAGUAACUUGCUUUUCUAAGAUUUUUUUCCCCAUCUCUAUACUAAGAAAUAUAGGUAUUUUAAUCUAAAUUGCCAUGUGAUUUGAGGACAGUUAUGACAUCUGAUUUACUAAGUUUUAGUUAACCUUGAUUUAUUUUUGACUUGGUAAACUAUAAAUCUUGAAAAUCAUUUGUCAUCUUAAUAAUAAAGAAAAUAUAUAAGGAAAUACAAACUUUAUUCUUAGAAAUGUUAAAAUAGUAUAUGGAAGCAAAAAAUUAGUUUAUGAGACUACUCUAAUGAUUUCUUUUAAUUAGCUUGGUCUAGUGAAAGUGAUAGCAAGAGUUAACCUUAGAAACUUGUUGAGUUAAAAACAUUUUCUAGUAUAACUUGUUCUUUAAAAAGCAAAUGUUGCUAUAUUUGGAAUCCUUUUUUCUAAAAGAGUUGAAUGAAACUUGUUUUCUUUUCUCUUUUCCACUCCUGAAUCUGAAGCUCACCCAAUAAGUGAAAUACUGAGAGAAUAUGGCAGCCCAGCAAGAGGAAGUAUUAGGUGGUAACAUAGUUAGGGUUCUGGGAGCCAUUAUUGGGUCCCACUUACAAUUUAGCAUUUUAAAAAUAUGUGGCCUCCGUCAGUCAUCCCUUUAAAUAAUU